UUUGCUAUAUGAUUAUAUUCCAACCAAUUCAACGCCGCCACAUAGAAAUAGGUCGCUUCUCUCUUAGCAUCGGCGGUCGUGACCUUAGGUCACCAUUGUUUUCUGGUGAUAACCAAACUUGUUAUCCUUCUACUUUUCCUCGUUCCGGUCCCUUCGAAAAAAAAUCCCCAAUUUUUCCUGCUGUCCAGACAAAGAUUUCAAAAUUUCAAUUCUCUUCGUUAGGGUUUCAAUUAUUCUAUCUCAUCACAGUUUUUUGUUUGUUUUCUCUUGUCCAAAUUAACACUAUGUAUUCAAUCAAAGCCCUGACCAGGAUUUAAGUCCUCAAGCUCUUACCCUUGUUUUUUAGGGUUUAUAUACUAAUCAGUCUUUACUUCACAAUGACCGAUCGAAACGCCAUCACCACCACCACCAACUCCUCCUCCACAGCCGCCGCUGCCGCUCCUAAGCCGAUAUGGAUGAAGCAAGCCGAGGAAGCCAAAUUAAAAAGCGAAGCCGAGAAAGCCGCAGCCGCAAAAGCCGCUUUUGAAGCUACAUUCAAAACCCUAACCACCAACAAACCCGAGAAGGCCUCUGACUCUGAUUCAGAAGGAGAAGAAUCGGAAGAGUACUUGGCCAAUAAGCCUGUGGGACCAGUAGACCCCACCAAAUGCACGGCGGUCGGUGCUGGCAUUGCCGGCGGAACUGCUUGCGCUCCGUCUACAUUCAUGGUGGCGACUAAGGAUUCGGAUGGGAGGAAGGUUAUGCACGGCGGUGCGCAAAUUAAGGUGAAGGUAUCGCCAGGAGUGGGUGUUGGAGGGACUGAGCAGGAAGGAAUUGUGAAGGAUAUGGGAGAUGGGAGUUAUACAGUGACUUAUGUUGUACCUAAAAGAGGGAAUUAUAUGGUUAAUAUUGAAUGUAAUGGGAAGCCUAUCAUGGGUAGUCCAUUUCCUGUAUUCUUUAGUGCAGGUACUUCAACUGGAGGACUGUUGGGUAUGGCUCCUGCAUCUACCUUUCCAAACUUAGUUAACCAGACCAUGCCAAAUAUGCCAAAUUAUUCAGGUUCUGUUUCUGGGGCAUUCCCUGGAUUACUGGGAAUGAUUCCUGGGAUUGUUUCUGGUGCUUCAGGUGGUGCUGUUUUGCCUGGAAUUGGGGCAUCACUUGGGGAAGUUUGUCGAGAGUAUCUUAAUGGCCGGUGUGCAAAAACUGACUGCAAAUUGAACCAUCCACCGCACAAUUUGCUAAUGACAGCAUUAGCAGCAACAACCUCAAUGGGGACUCUUAGUCAGGUGCCUAUGGCACCUUCAGCAGCUGCAAUGGCUGCUGCUCAGGCCAUUGUUGCUGCCCAAGCCCUUCAAGCCCAUGCUGCUCAGGUGCAAGCACAAGCACAAUCUGCCAAAGAUUCAUCUGGUUCACCUGACAAAGCUGGGAAGGAAGACACACUGAAGAAGACACUCCAAGUUAGCAAUCUUAGUCCACUUCUGACAGUGGACCAGCUGAAACAACUCUUUAGCUAUUUUGGCUCAGUAGUUGAGUGUAGCAUUACUGACUCAAAGCAUUUUGCUUACAUAGAAUACUCAAAACCUGAAGAAGCAACUGCUGCUUUAGCAUUGAACAAUAUGGAUGUUGGGGGUCGACCAUUGAAUGUUGAGAUGGCUAAAUCGCUUCCUCAGAAAUCACUUUUGAAUUCCUCUGUGGCUUCGUCUUCUCUGCCAUUGAUGAUGCAGCAAGCUGUUGCCAUGCAACAGAUGCAGUUUCAACAGGCUUUGCUUAUGCAGCAAACUAUGACAGCACAACAGGCAGCUAACCGAGCUGCAACAAUGAAGUCUGCAACAGAGUUGGCAGCAGCUAGAGCUGCAGAAAUUAGUAAGAAGUUAAAAGCUGAUGGAUUUGUUGAUGAAGAGAAGGAAACAGAAAGAAAAUCUAGGUCGCCUUCUGCAUCUCGAGUCAGGUCAAAAUCUAAGUCGAAAUCACCAGUUAGUUAUCGACGAAGGCGGAGAUCUCCUUAUUCACCUCCUUCUCGCCGCCAUCGAGAUCAUAGAUCCAGGUCACCUUUUAGAUCUCGCCAUCUCUCCAGGUAUGAUAUUGAAAGGCGGUCUUUUAGAGAUAGCAGGGAUGAUAGUGGCAGAACUAGAAGAGGGGAUAGAUCAUUUGAUCGGCGUUCCCCUGUUUCAAGGAGAAAUAGGAGUAGAAGUGUGAGCCCUCGAAUGAAAAGGUCCUACAGGGCUGAUUCUGGCUCACCAAAACGUCGUCGAGAAAGUUCACCACGUAGAGCGAGAAAAUCAUCCCAUGGCGGUUCAAGAUCACCGAGGCAUCAUAGAGGAAGCAGGUCAUCUCCAAGAAAUGACAGUGAUAACAAACUGAAAUACAGAAAACGCUCUAGGUCCAAAUCUGUGGAAGACUCCAAGGAAAAAGCAAAAGAAGCCCAGGAUGAAAAAUUCAAGAAACAAGAGAGGAGAUCCAGGUCAUUAUCUGUGGAAGAGAAGAAUAAUGUAAGCAAGUCAUCUUCAAGAAGUAUAGAUGAAAAUGAACCUAAGCACCGGGGGCGAUCAAGGUCAAAAUCUGUGGAAGCAAGGCGUUCCACUGAGAAAGUGAAUGAAACUAGGGAUGGAAGAUUGAAAAAUCGUGAUAGAAAGAGGUCCAGGUCAAAAUCUGUUGAAGUUAGGCGCCACUCCAGAGAGAAAGGAAAUGAAAGCAGAGAUAAAAAGUCAAAGCAUCGCGAUCGGAAGCGGAGUAGAUCAAUCUCUGCUGACGGUAAGCAUCACAGAGGAAGCAGAUCAUCCCCACGAGUAGCUGAUGACAUUAAAUCAAAACACAGAAGGCACUCUAGGUCAAGAUCUCCAGAAAGUAAGAAGCUUUCUAGUUAUAGGAUGGAUGGAACUGGAGUUGAAAAAUCGAAGCGUCGCAGCAGAAGACGGUCAAUGUCUGCUGAAGGUAAGCAUUGCAGAUCUCCAAGAAGUUCAGAGGAGAAUAAAUCAAAACAUAAAAGACGCUCCAGGUCUAGAUCUGCAGAAGGCAAGCAUCAUUCGAGUGAUAUAAAGAAUAUAAAGAGAGCUGAAAAUUUAGUGCAUGAAAACUGUGUAUCACAUGAAACUGAAAAUGUUACUGAGGACCAAGAUUCUGUUGUGGGGGAUGCAACUAAUAUGUGGAGCAACAAAAAGUCUUCAAAAUAUGAUGACUAUGAUCCAGAGGAAUUGAAGGAAAAUAUGGUAAUAGAUAAUGACAAAGAAAUGAGGAACUGAGUUGUGGCAAAUUCUUUUUUAAAAAUAUAGAAGGAUUAGAGGAACACAAUUGAUGUAACAGUCCGACCCAUGUGGAUAAAAAUUACUGAACUGGUGCCAGCAAGAAGCUGGAAGUAUGUCAGUAGAGAAGCAGAGUUGAUUGUUCAGGGUGAUAUGUGCUAACGAGUUCCCCAGUUGAAAUUCCAGGAGUGUGGCUUCAACUCAGAUACAGUUCCAAGUUCUUCUCCAGCGUGGAAGAAAUGAGAUGGAGGAACAAAUGUUGAAUUGGUCAAUUGUUUCGAAGCUGACUUUUCUGGAUUAGCUCACCUAUUAGGAAUUUGUUUAGAUGCAUGAACUUAGAACUUUUAAAAUGUCGUUCUUAGCGACAUUAAGGGUGGUUCCCUUAGAAGAUCUCUUAGUGUUUCUUUGGUGCUCAGAUUUUUCUGCCUAUAGUUGGCUUCUGAUAAAUAUGCGCACUUUGUUUUGUUUAUCUUUUGCAGGUCCACUUGUAACAGAUUGGAACUAGGGUUUGAGGCAUUCUGACCUUGAUAUGGAUUAAAUAUUCAGGAGGUGUUGUGCUGUUGUCUUCUUCAAUGUAGCAAGCUUCUAUUUCUGCUGGAUGUCAUACAUGGUGUUCUUGUUGGAGUUCCCGAGGAUCAGUUUGGCACAAUUGAAAUUUACUGAUGUACAUAAAGGUAUGCCGUCAGUAAACUGGCGAGCUUAUGCGUUAAAAUUUUCCUCAGUGGUGGAACUAUUUGAGACUGUUGAUCGUAAAUUGGGUAUUGUAUUGGUUAUUGAAGCUACUUUUGAGGUCAAGUGAAACCAGAUGUUGCUGGGAUGAAUAGCAUUACAAUUCAGUGUUGAGUAUGAGCACAGUUUGGCCAACUUUCUCUAAAUUUUAUGGUGAAACGCCAAUUUGGUUUUGACAGGUAAUUUUUCAUUAAAUCGCUGGAUAAAUUCUUUUUGCUGAUAAAAAUUCACCUGUAAUUAUCUUCCAGAGAGAUGUAUAUGAAUACUGAUGAUGGUCCCUGUUCUAAUUAAUUUCAGCCGAGUCAUUAUCUACUAAUGAUAGUAAUUUUACAUGUUUAUUUUUUUUCAACCUCUGCAGUCCAUGUAUUGUUUCUGCGUGUGAGAAUAUGAUUGACUAGGUUUUAUUUGAGGCUCUGUUUAUUCUUUUUUGGGUUUUGGUCGUAAUGGUGCUUAGGGUGGCCCUUUGUCUGUUGAACUCAAAUCUCUGACCCGUGCAGAUCAACUGGUCUGCUUCACUUCACAUUUUGGUUGAAAUGCAGAAAGAAUUUGAGCUUCAAGGGCGUGAACCUUGUGACUGGUAAUGACCGUGGAUGACCUGCUAUAAUUUUCUUGGCUAUGCUGUUUUUAGACCUGUGCAUGAUACUAUCCCCUUGGUUAAACUGUUGUGUCGCUUGCCCUUGGUUUCUGUGCAUGUUGCAAAGCAUUAGAGACACUUCCUAGUUUUCCUGUAUUUCUUUUAUUAUUUGUUAGAUUAGUCCACUCAAAUAAUUACCUGUUAGAGCUCUGACUUCAGGAAAAGUGUUAUGUGCUACAGGAGCACCUAAUAAAUUCUACUGAACUUCUGGACAUCUCUUAUAUAUUUUUUCCUUUAAUUUGUUUCUAACCGAACCUAUGAAUUGAAGUUUGCUGCUCUUCUUUUUCUUUUUUUCUCUCUUUUAAUGUUUCUUGGUAGGAUUUCUAUGGAUAGAAUGAUAGCAGAGCUGGAACAAAGGAACCUUUGUUCUAUGUUGUGAUGGGACUAUAUGUGGAGCGGAGCCCUUCCCUUUUUGCCUAUUACCCCAAUCUAUUGCUAUUCUUUUUUUUUUUUUCUUUAUUCUCUCUGCCAGCUGCCCAGGAACUGCACUGAGAAAGGAAAAACAUAUAAUUACACUGAGAUGUCGAAAUAUAACACUGGCGUUUUUAGUCCUAAUUAUAGUUAGUAAGCCAACUUGUUGGUUUCGGGUAAUUGUAACUCUUGCUUUGUAGAUUGUAGGAAUCUCUGUGAAGUAGAAAAGCUGGGGUAAGUUUUGCCCGAUAAUUGAUGUUGAUUGGUAUUUGAGUAUAGCAAAUAUAUUUAUGCAAGCAUCUUUUUCCUUCUUA